UAAGGUCAAGAUGCCAAAGAGCUGAUAUGAUACCAAGCAGGUUAUAUAUACCAAACCGAUCUAGGGAAACAAAGGAGCCGCACCUUAUGCUUGAGCGUUUAAUGUGUGAGAGCAGUUACACAUUUUCCAACCACAUAUGUAAAAAAACAACAGCACACUGAGAAUAAUCCUUCAGAAGAACAUGUUGCUGCUGAAUAAGUUUCCUGCAUGGCUUUCUGUAUUCGCUUUGCUUUUGCUGACUCAGGAGCCUGUUUCUACGUCAGAGGUCACGGCCUGUGGACUUGCGGUGGAUCCACCUGCCAAUAUUGAGAUAACAGACCCUGGCUUCCUGGGUUACCUCAGUGUCCACUGGACUCAGCCAGCCAGCCUUCAGAACCUUACAGGCUGCACAGUACGAUACCAACUCAGAUACUAUGACACCUAUGAGGAACGAUGGAGGAGUGUUCGAACUGUCAAGCUGACUUAUGCUGCUCAGUUUGAUCUUGAGAAACCAGUCAAGGUGAGAAUACUCACUGUGCUGAAGUGUGCCUGUACCAAUGGGACAGAGGUCCAAGGGGAGGAGAACGAGUGGGUCUACACACCUGAAACUACAGGUGUGGCGGGAUCACGAAUAAGAGAUUUUCACUGUGUCUACUAUGGGAAGGAGUACAUGGAAUGCACCUGGGAGUCAGGACCCGUCCAACCUCCAAAUUCACAGCACUACCUCUAUUACUGGCACAGGGAAAUGGAUGAAACAAAGGAAUGUCCAGAAUACAUCAUAUUAUCUGAGGGUCGAAGGGGAUGCCGGUUUCCUCGAGAAUCACUCUUGGAGUUCUCUAAGUUUAAUUUAUGUGUAAAUGGAUCCUCUCCAGCAGGAAGUCUGAAAAUGGCCUACUUCUCUAUUGAGGUCCAAAACCAUGUAAAACCAACAGUGGUCUCCUCUGUGCAUGUCUCAGAGAUUGAUGGAGAGCUGAAGUUAGAUUGGUCACCACCUAGUGGCCAGGUGCCAGAACACUGCUUGGAAUAUGAGGUGGAGAGCAGCAUUACGAUGGAAAAUGGCAAAGAAAAGCAGGAAAAGAUGGUUCUUCAGAAUUUAGAGGACACAUCUUAUGGCGUCCCGAGAGAGGCGGAAAGUCAGAAAACCUGCUUUCGAAUCAGGUCAAAGGUGAACAUGUACUGCGCUGAUGGAGGAUUUUGGAGUGACUGGAGCCAAACAAAGUGUACAGAAGAUAAGGAAACUCAAUACAUCCCAAAAUGGACAUAUCUCGGUCUGGUGGGCCUGGUGGUCAUUGGCAUUGCUGGAGUCAUCAUCCUCUGUCUUUCAUUAUGGAUAUUAAAGAAGAUUUGCAUAAAAAAGAUCAACAAAAAGGAUGCCCUCUAUACUUUAUACAAGGAGAAGGUCAACGAGACCAUGCUCACUAUCCUCAGCCCCAUUUUCAAGUGAUGCUCCCUUUGACCUGCUAUGCUGAAUUACCGUUUAGCAGUUCUAGACUGCAGUAAAAGUACAAUACUCAGACAGAGAAACAAACAUGAGACGUGAGACGUCAACACCCUUAAAGUGAUAGCUGAUAGAACCAGUAGUCUUGUGGAAUAGGUAUGUGGAGACCUAAAUGAACCACAGCACUGACCCGAAUGUAUGAACCACUUUGGUUUAAAAGACACUAUACUACUAUGUGAUGUGUUUACGCACAUAUCAUGUGUUACUUAAAGUUACUCAAAGAUUUUUCAAAUGCCAAUGAUCUUGCCGAUUUUGCCAAUCAUCUUGAUAUUUUAGCCAAUGAUUUUUCAAAUUCCAAUGAUCUUGCCAGUUUAGUCAAUGAUUUUUCAAAUGCCAGUGAUCUUCAGUUUUAUUUUCCUAUCAGCUUUUUUGCUGUUUCACUUUGAUGUAUGUCAUGACUCUUUUAGUAUUUGAGUUUAUUUUACUGCUGAUUACAUAAUGAAGGAAUCAGGAGUAAAGAGUAUUCAUACACUUUGGAAAAAAAGUGCUUUU